AUGACAAAUAAACCUAAGGUUGUUGGUGCAAUUGAUCAAGGCACCGUCAACACUAAGUUUUCUUACUUCGAUGAGCGGAUGCGCUUGUUGGCGUCCCACUCAGUGGACCAUGCUCAAAUAUACCCGAAGCUGGGAUGGUUGGAACACAAUCCGAUGGAACUUUACGUCAAUACGCUUAAAGCAAUGUCCGUCGCGACGCACGAGCUGAAACUCAAAUAUCCGGGCGGUUUUGAAGUCGCUGCAGUCGGUGUUGUUAACCAGAGAGAAACUCUAGUUGUUUGGGAUCGAUCAACUGGUUUACCCCAGUGCAACGCGAUUGUCUGGCUGGAUAUGCGAACAAAUUCACUCGUGCAUCAUCUGGCAGAGAAGUAUGGAGGAGUGGAAGCCUUUCGCGAAAAAACAGGCCUCCCUCUGGCGUCUUAUUUUACGGGUGUCAAGCUGCUAUGGUUGAUGGAAAAUCAUCCGGACAUUGCAGAACAAUUGAGAAACAAGGAAGCGUUGAUCGGCACAGUUGACUCCUGGUUGGUUUGGAAACUGACUGGUGGUGCAAAUGGUGGCGUUCAUAUCACUGACAUUACCAAUGCAUCACGUACUAUGUUGAUGGAUAUCAACACCAUGACAUGGUCGACCGAGAUGCUCCGUUUUGGAACUGGCGCCACGGUCAUGAUGGUAACAGGCAAAGGAUCUCCAGUGACACCAAGACGUGGGUCAGUCGCUAUUGCUGGGGCCGCGUUGACGUGGUUGAAGGACAAUCUUGGUGCCUUAGAGACUCCUGAAGAGACUGAAGUAGGAACGAUACAGAUCUUGCGAAAGACACCCAACAGAUCCUGCGACAUUCCCUUCUGUUUCAGACCCCUUUUGAAUGAAGUUCAAGACACUGGAGAUGUUUAUUUUGUUCCUGCUUUUGCGGGACUGUUCGCUCCUCGGUGGAGAGCUGAUGCACGAGGCUGUAUUGUGGGAUUGACGCAGCAUUCAACAAAGGCCCACAUUGUUCGCGCUUUAAUCGAAUCAGUCGGCUUCCAGCUUGCUGAGAUUCUUGAAGCCUUGAGGAAAGAUGCGGUGUCUUUCCAGGACGAACCAGUUACGAUUCGUGUCGAUGGAGGACUUUGCAAAAUCGUUCCGUCGUCCGGACAAGUUAUUGCGGACAUCACCGGACGAACAAUUGCUAUGCGAAAGAACGUUGAAGUCACCUCGUUGGGAGCCGCAUUGCUCGCUGCUGGGGGAAUUGGACUUAUUUCCAAAGACGAACUUAAGGAGCUGGUUAAAGGAAUGGAGACAUUAGAGUGGGUUCCCAAAUUGAGUUCUGAUGAAAGAACAGCGAAAACAAAGCGAUGGGAGAUGGCAGUUGAAAGGUCUCUGGAUGGGAGGAGAUUGAGGAGGAAAUGGAGGGUCUCAAUACAUAUGGUGAUCGACAUCUCUCAAUCGAUUCUGCCAAUUGAUCUUCCAUUGGAACGAGCUCGUUUGGAUACUGUUGAAACGAUGAGUGCUCCUUCGACUCCCGACACGAAGAGUCGCCCCUCUAUAGAUAAUGUGUUACGGGGUUUUCGCCCACAAUUAGAAGACAAGGAACACCAAUCUUGUAACGCUGAUUGUAAAUGUGAAUAG